AUGUCGUACGCUGUUAACUCAGUUGAUGCUGCGAUGGCUGAGGCGCUGAGACACCUGAGCCAGGUAUCUACCUAUUUUCGUGAUCGCCAAAAUAACCCUGACAUCGCCAACGAAAUUGGAAGGCUGAGCACCAUGAUCGUCAUGAAGUUCUCUGAAGGCGUCGUGAAUACUUCGUGUCAUGAGAGACAGGCCCCAUUGGCUGGAAACUGGGCUCGUGUUGUUGGCGCACUGCCAGAGUCUUCCACCCAGGCUCAGGCUCAGGCUCAGACUCAAGGGCUUGCGCACUAUAUCUCACAAAUCUCCUUGGCUCCAAGCUCGCUUUCCAGACAAAGCCUGAAUAGUGACGAAGAAAUCGAGUGCCACGAUGUAGCCAGUGUCGGACUUCCGGUCAAUCUGCCGCUGGUGCCAUGCCAAAGUGAGGCCAAGGCUGGAGUAAUCCGUAUUCAUGGCAAAAUUGCGAGAGACCAACAUACCCAGUAUAUCACCACUCGCAUCCACGAGGGUGCGCUGCUGGAAAUCCGUGUCGAGGCCGACGAUAGAACCCGUGUGACUUUCCAACUUGCAAGCGCGGCUCUUGAGUUCAUGAAAUCCAACCAUGAAAUGGUCAAGUUGCUGGGUUAUGGUCGUUUCGGCCACGGUUACCACGUCGAGCUGGCCGAGAUUGUGGACUGGAAUGACGACCUCCGUCGCAUGAAUCAGCCGAUCCGUGAGCGACGCCGCCUCUCUUUCGCCAGAAAGAGACUUUUUGCUGAGGGGAUGACCCCUGAGAAGUGGAAGCAUGACGUUCGCUCGGUGGCAGGACCUGGCGCUAUCGACUUUCUUUGGGUCUUCAAUUCUGGCAAUGCUACUGCUGUGUUCAACAGCACCAGCAUCGCUCGUCGUGUGCUGGAGGCAUUCGAGACUUGGAAAAACGCUCGCACUGUCUACAGUGGUGUCUCGGUCACCUACUCCUCUGAUCCCUGCGAGAAGGAGCUCGCCUUAGUUCGCGAGAGCCGUGCCAAUAUGGGCAGAGGCUAUGUGAGGCGGACCAUCCGCUGAAUGAAUUGAACAAUCUAAGUGAUGAUUGACCCUGAAGGACAACCAACAUUAUCUCAAUGUUCUUGAUUGGAAACAUUUUACCGGUGGAGAGAUCUUAGGAUAAAAACGAGAAAAGUCUAAAAAAGCAUGAAAAGUGAAACAAGCAAAAAAAAGAAACAAAAGAAACAACCAGAGUGACAGUGCAGAACAGGGGCCUAAAUUG